AUGCUGCAGGCCGCCGGUAACGACGAGGUUACUCUCCCCUCCAGCCCUUUUGCUGGAGGCGCCGUGGCCUAUAACCAGAUCAGCAAGGAAUUGCAACCACUUCCUUCAAUGGAAAUCAGCAAUGGGGCGGUGAUCGCCCCUGCUUCUUCCCGUGUACGAGGCAGCAGCGGCAAGAUGUUUGCUCUCGAGCUCGAGGAUGGCACAGUCUACCAGGGCUACAGCUUUGGUGCUGAGAAGAGUGUGUCAGGCGAAUUGGUUUUCCAGACCGGUAUGGUGGGAUACCCAGAGUCCAUCACGGAUCCCUCAUAUCGCGGCCAGAUCCUGGUCGUCACCUUCCCUCUGGUGGGCAACUAUGGUGUUCCCUCCCGGGACACCAUGGAUGAGCUCCUCAAGACAUUGCCCAAAUAUUUCGAAUCGACAGAGAUCCACGUUGCAGCUCUCGUCGUCGCCACAUACGCCGGUGAGGAUUACUCGCACUUCCUCGCCGAGUCGUCCUUGGGCCAGUGGCUCAAGGAGCAGGGUAUCCCCGCCAUGCAUGGUGUCGAUACUCGUGCUCUGACCAAGCGUAUCCGUGAGAAGGGUAGCAUGCUUGGUCGCAUGAUGCUCUCGAAGUCGGAAAUCCCCGAUGGUGUCGUGGAGGUGGCCUCAGGUGAUAAGGACAGCUGGCGGUCAACCUUCGAGGAGAUUGAAUGGGAGGACCCGAACAAGAAGAACCUUGUGAGCGAAGUCUCGAUCAAGGAACCCCGCCUCUUCACUCCCCCCGAGGAUAUCGCCCUCAAACACCCCUCUGGUCGUCCUGUCCGCGUUCUCUGCUUGGAUGUCGGUAUGAAGUUCAACCAGCUGCGCUGCCUGCUUGCUCGCGGGGUCGAAGUCCUUGUGGUCCCCUGGGACUACGAUUUCCCCAAGCUUGCUGGCAAGGACUACGAUGGUUUGUUCGUCUCGAACGGUCCCGGUGACCCUGCCAUGCUCUCCACAACUGUCAACAACCUGUCCAAGACCCUGGCGGAGGCUAGAACUCCUGUCUUCGGUAUCUGUCUUGGUCACCAGUUGAUUGCUCGCUCCGUCGGUGCCCAAACCCUGAAGAUGAAGUUCGGUAACCGUGGCCACAACAUCCCCUGCACGAGCAUGAUCUCGGGCAAGUGUCACAUCACCUCUCAGAACCACGGUUACGCUGUCGAUUCGACGACCCUCCCCGAAGGCUGGGAGGAGCUCUUCGUCAAUGCCAACGACGGCAGCAACGAGGGUAUCCGACACGUCAGCCGCCCCUUCUUCAGUGUCCAGUUCCACCCUGAGAGCACUCCCGGUCCCAGGGAUACCGAGUAUCUCUUCGAUGUGUUCAUCAACACGAUCAAGGACACUCUUGCCUCGGCUGAUGCUCUGCAGAAGCCCGUGUCGUUCCCUGGCGGCACCAAGGAAGAGAACAUCAAGACUUCCCCACGUGUGUCUGUCAAGAAGGUUCUCAUCCUGGGAAGUGGUGGUCUCAGCAUCGGCCAGGCCGGUGAAUUUGACUACUCUGGCAGUCAGGCCAUCAAGGCGUUGAAGGAAGAAGGCAUCUACACCAUCCUGAUCAACCCCAAUAUUGCCACUAUCCAGACCUCCAAGGGUCUGGCUGACAAGGUCUACUUCCUGCCUGUGAACGCGGACUUUGUGCGCAAAGUCAUCAAGCAUGAGCGCCCUGAUGCCAUCUACGUUACCUUCGGUGGCCAGACCGCUCUCCAAGUCGGUAUCCAGCUCAAGGAUGAGUUCGAGGCCCUUGGUGUCAGGGUCCUCGGUACCCCCAUCGAUACUAUCAUCACAACGGAGGAUCGUGAGUUCUUCGCUCGGAGCAUGGAGUCUAUCAACGAGAAGUGCGCCAAGUCCGCUUCGGCCUCCACUCUGGAGGAAGCUCUUAGAGUCGUUGAGGACAUCGGUUUCCCCGUCAUCGUCCGCGCUGCCUAUGCGCUCGGUGGUCUCGGCAGUGGUUUUGCCGAAGACAUGGAUCAGCUGAGGGACCUGUGCACAAAGGCCUUCGCCGCCAGUCCCCAGGUCCUGAUUGAGAAGAGUAUGAAGGGCUGGAAGGAAAUUGAGUACGAGGUCGUUCGUGAUUGCCAGGACAACUGCAUCACUGUCUGCAACAUGGAGAACUUCGAUCCUCUUGGUAUCCACACUGGUGAUUCCAUUGUCGUCGCACCUUCCCAGACGCUUUCUGACGAGGACUACAAUAUGCUGCGUACCACCGCCGUCAAUGUCAUCCGCCAUCUCGGCGUUGUCGGAGAGUGCAACAUUCAGUAUGCUCUGAACCCGUUCUCGAAGGAGUACUGCAUCAUCGAGGUCAAUGCUCGUCUGUCGAGAUCCUCUGCUCUUGCCUCGAAGGCUACCGGUUACCCUCUCGCCUUCAUUGCUGCCAAGCUUGGUCUUGGUAUUCCUCUCAAUGAAAUCAAGAACUCCGUCACCAAGGUCACGUGCGCUUGCUUUGAGCCCUCUCUCGACUACUGCGUUGUGAAGAUUCCCCGUUGGGAUCUGAAGAAGUUUACUCGUGUUUCGACCCAGCUUGGCUCUUCGAUGAAGAGUGUUGGUGAGGUCAUGGCCAUUGGUAGAACCUUCGAGGAAGCCAUUCAAAAGGCCAUCCGGUCCGUUGAUUUCCACAACCUGGGCUUCAAUGAGACUAGUGCCCUCAUGUCCAUCAGCGAGGAACUGCAGACACCUUCUGACCAGCGUCUGUUCGCCAUUGCCAACGCCAUGGCUGCUGGCUACAGUGUCGAUGAUAUCUGGAAGCUCACUCAGAUUGACAAGUGGUUCCUGAGCAGACUCAAGCGCCUGAGCGAUUUCAGCAAGCUCAUGAGCACCUACAAUGCCACCUCCGUCCCUCGGCCGCUCCUGCGUGAGGCCAAGCAGCUUGGUUUCUCUGACCGUCAGCUGGCGAACUUCCUGAGCUCGAACGAGCUUGCCAUCAGACGGCUGCGUGUCGAGGCUGGCAUUUUCCCCAUUGUCAAGCAAAUUGAUACCGUCGCCGCUGAAUUCCCAUCGGUGACCAACUACCUGUACCUGACCUACAACGCCUCCGCCCAUGAUGUUGCUUUCGACGACAAUGGUAUCAUGGUUCUUGGAUCUGGUGUCUACAGAAUUGGUUCCUCCGUGGAGUUUGACUGGUGUUCCGUGCGGACCAUCCGAACCCUCCGUGAACAGGGUCAUAAGACCGUCAUGGUCAACUACAAUCCCGAGACUGUCAGUACUGAUUACGACGAGGCUGAUCGCUUGUACUUUGAGAACAUCAACCUUGAGACUGUUCUGGACAUCUACCAGCUGGAAUCCUCUAGCGGUGUGGUCAUCUCCAUGGGUGGCCAGACCCCCAACAACAUUGCUCUGCCCCUCCACCGCCUCAAUGUCAAGAUCCUCGGUACCUCCCCUGAGAUGAUCGACGGUGCUGAGAAUCGUUACAAGUUCUCCCGCAUGCUUGACCGCAUCGGUGUCGAUCAACCUGCCUGGAAGGAACUCACCAGCAUCGAGGAGGCCAAGGGGUUCUGCGACAAGGUCGGCUACCCCGUUCUUGUCCGUCCUUCAUAUGUGCUCUCUGGCGCUGCCAUGAACACAGUCUAUUCCGAGCACGACCUUGCUUCCUAUCUCAACCAGGCUGCCGAUGUGUCGCGUGAUCACCCGGUCGUUAUCACCAAGUAUAUCGAGAACGCCAAGGAAAUUGAAAUGGAUGCCGUGGCCCGUAAUGGUGUUAUGGUCGGCCAUUUCAUCUCCGAGCACGUCGAGAACGCUGGUGUCCACUCCGGAGACGCAACCCUCAUCCUGCCGCCUCAGGAUCUGUCUCCCGAGACCGUUCGGCGAAUCGAGGAGGCCACCGCCAAGAUCGGAAACGCUCUCAACGUCACUGGUCCUUUCAACAUCCAGUUCAUCGCUAAGGACAACGAUAUCAAGGUCAUUGAGUGCAAUGUCCGCGCUUCCCGGUCGUUCCCCUUCGUGUCUAAGGUCAUGGGUGUUGAUCUGAUCGAGAUGGCAACCAAGGCGAUGAUUGGCAUCCCCUUCACUGAGUACCCGCCAGUGACUGUUCCCAAGAACUACGUAGGUGUCAAGGUUCCUCAGUUCUCCUUCUCUCGUCUCUCCGGAGCCGACCCCGUUUUGGGUGUUGAGAUGGCCUCUACUGGUGAAGUUGCUUCUUUCGGUCGCGACAAGUAUGAAGCCUACCUUAAGGCUCUUAUCUCCACUGGCUUCCGUCUCCCCAAGAAGAACAUCCUGUUCUCCAUUGGUGGAUACAAGGAGAAGCUUGAGAUGCUGCCUUCCAUUCGCAAGUUGCACCAGCUGGGAUUCAAUCUCUUUGCCACUUCUGGUACUGCCGAUUUCCUGAAGGAGCACGGUGUCCCCGUCAAGUACCUGGAAGUCCUUCCUGGCCAGGAGGAGGAACUCAAGUCUGAGUACUCUCUUACUCAGCACUUGGCGAACAACCUCAUUGAUCUGUACAUCAACCUGCCGUCCAACAACCGUUUCAGACGUCCUGCCAACUACAUGAGCAAGGGUUACCAGACUCGUCGUAUGGCCGUUGACUACCAGACUCCUCUGGUUACCAACGUGAAGAAUGCGAAGAUCCUGAUCGAAGCCAUUUCUCGUCACUAUGGUUUGAACGUGCAGACUAUCGAUUAUCAGACCAGCCACCGCACGGUUGUCCUGCCUGGCCUGAUCAACAUCGCUGCCUUCGUUCCUGGCUUGGUUACCGCUGGCUCCAAGGACUUCGAGCUUGUGACCAAGGCUUCCAUUGCUGCUGGUUUCAGCAUGAUUCGUGUGAUGCCAGUCGGUGUUGAGGCUUCCGUCACGGAUGCCCGUGCCUUGAGAGUUGCCCAGCAGAAUGCCCAGAAGGCUCCGUACUGUGACUUCAACUUCUCCGUCGCAGCGACUUCCACCAACUCCGACCAGGUUGGUCAAGUGACAGGGGAGGUUGGAUCUCUCUUCAUUCCCUUCAACCACCUAUCUGGCAACAUCAGCAAGGUCACGGCUGUGACGAACCACUUCUCCGUCUGGCCCUCCAGCAAGCCCAUGAUCACGGACGCCAAGUCCACCGAUCUCGCCUCGCUUCUCUUACUGGCAAGCCUUCAUAGCCGCAACAUCCACGUCAUGAGUGUCACGUCGAAGGAAGACAUCAACCUCAUCGCUCUCAGCAAGGAGAAGGGUCUCAAGGUCACCUGCGAUGUCUCGAUCUUCUGCCUCUUCCUUUCCAAGGAUGAUUUCCCCGAGUGCAACUCCCUGCCCUCAGUUGAGGAUCAGAAGGCUCUGUGGGAGCACCUGAGCACCAUCGACGUCUUCUCGAUCGGCAGCGUCCCCUUCCAGCUUGCUGGCAAGGAUGCUUCCCCGGUCGUAGGUAUCGCUGAAGCCCUGCCUCUGCUCUUCACCGCUGUGUCUGAGGGCCGACUGACUGUUGAGGACGUUACUGCUCGUCUCUAUGAGAAUCCCAAGAAGAUCUUCGAGCUGCACGAACAGGCCGACAGCUCGGUUGAGAUCGAGAUUGAUCGCCCCUACGUGUUCCAGGCUCCUUACUGGUCUCCUUUCAACGGCAAGACCUUGCGGGGUGCCGUCCAGCGGGUCACUUUCCAGGGCAAGACAUCUUGCCUCGACGGUGAGGUGAUUCCCGAUGCCCCCAAGGGCACUGAUAUGUCUGCCCACCGGAUUGUUCCUGCCUCUCCCUCCGUCAAGGCCAUGUCUCCCAUGGUUCACCCUCGCCCCGAGAGUUCCAUGGACCGCAGACUGUCGAUCUCUGGUACUCCCAUCCGGUCGCUGAAGCCCAGACCAGCGGAUCUGGCUUCGCACGAGCUCGGACCUCCUCUGUAUACCCCCGUGCAGACCUCCACCCUCCGUGAGCUUCUCUCGCGGUCGACCUUCAGACAGAAGCACGUCCUUUCCGUCAACCAGUUCACUCGGGCUGACCUGCACCUGCUCUUCACGGUCGCUCAGGAGAUGCGCCUCGGAGUCCAGCGCCAGGGUGUUCUCGACAUCCUGAAGGGUCGUGUCCUUACCACCCUUUUCUACGAGCCCUCCACUCGUACCUCGGCCUCCUUUGAUGCUGCCAUGCAGCGUCUCGGUGGACGGACCAUUGCCAUCUCGACUGCGCACUCUUCGACUAAGAAGGGCGAGACCCUGCAGGACACCGUCCGUACCCUUGGAUGCUACGGAGACGCCGUCGUUCUGCGUCACCCCGACCCGAGCAGCGCUGAGACGGCUGCCAAGUUCUCGCCUGUGCCGGUCAUCAACGGCGGCAACGGCAGUGUCGAGCACCCUACCCAGGCGUUCCUUGACCUGUUCACCAUCCGCGAGGAGCUGGGCACCGUCACUGGCCUGACUAUCACCUUCACUGGUGAUCUCAGAUAUGGACGUACUGUCCACUCCCUGAUCAAGUUGCUCCAGUUCUACGACGUCCGGGUGCAGCUUGUUGCGCCUAAGGAUCUGUCUCUGCCCGAGGAGGUCCGCCAGUCGGUCAUCGCGUCCGGACAGCUGGCUGUGGAGUCUGAGGAGCUGACUCCUGAGAUCGUUGCUCAGACCGAUGUUCUGUACUCUACCCGCGUGCAGAAGGAGCGUUUCGCCGAUCUCGACCAGUACGAGCGCCUCAAGAACAGCUUCAUCAUUGACAAUGCUCUUCUGAAGCACGCCAAGAGCCACAUGGUCGUGAUGCACCCCUUGCCCCGUAAUGCCGAGAUCGCCGAGGAGGUUGAUUUCGACCAGCGGGCGGCUUACUUCCGACAGAUGCGAUAUGGCCUUUACUGCCGUAUGGCUCUGCUUGCCUUGGUCCUGGCGCCCUAG